AGCAAACCUAUCCAGGCUCCAGCCAGGAUAUAGUGCAGUAGUACAAUCCAGAAUUAGUAAUGACUUACAGCUCUCUCCAUUAAUGCGCCUGCUAAUCAGACCGUGGAUUACAGAAGAAGGAGUGAGUAUUCCAUAAUUCUAUGCACUUCGGUCAAUAAGUUUCCCCUGCUGCUACAUUCCCAGUUCAAAUUCAUCAAACCUUUUUUCCCAGAAUUUGAACAGACAGAUAUGGAAUUACAGAAUCCCCUGUCUUUGAUCUUCUUGAGUUUCUUGAUCAUCAUAAUUCAGUUUCCAAUCUCCAUCCAUUCAUCAAGAAUAUCUCAGCCGGGUAGUAUUCAGACCCCGAUUCAUCUUCACCCCUUACUGUCUCUGGAAACAUCAUUUGGAGGAUCGUUUGAUGUUCUAACCGCAGCAUCCUCUCCGAACAAUACUCCGGCGACCACCUCCGGCGGUUUAUGGAUUCUGUUGCAGAAGAACAUAGGCGUAUCGGCCAUGCAUAUGCAGCUUCUCCACAACGACAAAGUCAUCAUCUUUGACCGCACCGACUUUGGUCCCUCCAACCUUUCCCUCCCAGGCAGCAAAUGCAGACACGUUCAGGACUCUGUUUUCCCAGACUGUACGGCCCAUUCGAUUCUCUAUGACCUUCCCACAAACACUUUUCGGCCACUCAUGGUACAAACCGACGUCUGGUGCUCCUCCGCCGCCGUCGGCUACGACGGCACUUUAGUGCAAACCGGCGGUUACAAGACCGGAGCUAACAAGAUACGGCUGUUCACCCCUUGCCAUGAUGAUCUCUGCGACUGGAUUGAACUCCCACAGAAUUUGACUUCCCGGCGGUGGUAUGCGUCCGAUAAUAUACUCCCCGACGGCAGAAUCAUCAUCGUCGGAGGUCGGAGAGCUUUCAGCUACGAAUUCUUCCCCAAGAAUCCGACGAUUACGGCCGACGCCGGAGUUUAUUGGCUUCAAUUCUUGAAAGACACCAACGACCCAGGAGAAGAGAACAAUCUUUAUCCGUUCUUGCACCUUUUGCCGGACGGCAACUUGUUUGUUUUCGCCAACCAGCGCUCAAUUGUAUUGGAUUAUGUGAAGAACCAAGUGGUUAAAAAAUUCCCGCCGAUUCCGGGUGAGAAACGGUCGUACCCGGCUUCGGGCUCGUCAGUGAUGUUGCCGCUCCGGUUGGCCGGAGGAAAUGGGCUAGAGUCGCCGGGACCAGAGGUAGAAAUAAUGAUCUGCGGUGGUGCAAGUGGCGGCGCGUACGUGCAGGCUCACUGGGGCGUGUUCGUGGAAGCUUCGAAGACAUGUGGGCGGUUGCGGAUUACGGAUCUGGAUCCUCAAUGGAAGAUGGAAGAAAUGCCCACGAAUCGGGUCAUGCCCGACAUGCUAUUGUUACCAACGGGUGAUGUGCUGAUGCUGAACGGCGCCGGAAGGGGAACCGCCGGGUGGGAGCUGGGGGACGACCCGGUUUUGAACCCGGUCCUUUACAAGCCCAACGAGAUUGACCCGAGUAAGAGAUUUAGCGUCCUGGACCCAACUGUGACACCAAGAAUGUACCACUCCUCUGCGAUUCUAACCCCAUCUGGAGGAAUAUUAGUGGGUGGAAGUAAUCCUCAUCAACUGUACAGAUUCACCGGGGUGAAAUAUCCGACGGAUUUGAGUUUGGAAGUGUUUCUGCCACCGUACUUGGCGCCACAAUACUCUGAGCUUCGGCCUUCAAUCCUGUCCGUAGAAGAGGCCCUGGACAAUACCUUAUCUUACGGUCAACAAUUCUCCAUCACGUUUACACUGUCAUUGUACCAUAAUCAAGGAGGUGAGGGAUUCAAUGUGACCAUGAUUAGGCCAUCAUUUACGACGCACUCUUUCGCGAUGAAUCAGAGGCUGUUGGUGUUGGAAAAUGUUGGGUUCCAGCAGUUGUCUUUGAAUGGGUUUAAGGUGACAGUGUUUGCGCCGCCGACGAGUAAUGUUGCACCGCCGGGGUAUUAUAUGACGUUUUUGGUUAAUGAUGGAAUUCCAUCCACUGGCUACUGGUUGAGAAUCAAAUGAUUUUGUUCAGUUAAAUUUUGUUUAGUCUUUUUGGAGUUUUUUUUUUUUGUUUUUUUGUUUUUUUUAGAGCUUCGUUUAGAGGUGCAUUCUCUUUUUUGCAAAAGCCAAAAGGGUGUUCAUUUUGCACUUUGUUUUCUAGAUUUUGUUGGAUACUCUGCAUUGGCAAAUGCGGUUUGCCAUUGAUUAUUCAUCAAUUAAAGCCGAGUGUGUGUGAUUAACAACCAUCAUGAAAUAGAUUAGGCCA